CUCUAUGUAUAUUAAAAAUAAAUCUAAAUCAAAUCAAUGUAUUAAAAGUCAAUUAUUCUAUGGAUCAGAUGGCUGGACAGACAUUUAGGCUGUGGCAAUCCAACAUUAAACUGCCUAGUCUGCUUUCAUUACCAUAGACUGUUAAAAGUUUUAAAGCUAAUUCCUUACAAUUAUACUCAUUUAGCCUUGGUGUAGAGGAACAUGUUUUAUAUUUCAUCCUAUGUUACUCAAAUUUUCCCUUAAGAAAGAGACAAUUUUGCUGUUUUAAAACACAUUUCCUGAUAUUCUACACAUUUUGCCAUUGAUUAUGACAUAUUCAUAUGGGGCCUCUGACCUCCAUGAGCCAGUGUGCUAAUCAAUUUAAGAACUCGCAUGUUCACUAAUAUGGUCCCUCUUUGGACAUCUCCUUGGCAACCAUAUCAUUUUAUCUAUUCAUUUAUUCUUUUGAGGGAGUGAGGAGUAUGAAUAGAAUUGCCCCCCUAGUAUUUCAGGUGGUCCUGAUGGCUUAGAAUACUAAUGGAUAGUUGUACCUGCUAACAACCAAGCCAGGAAUGCCUUAUCAUAUAAUGAUCCACUAUGCAUGAGUCAUUGUAUGGUUAAAAUACUGUGUUUUAUAAUUAUUGUAUUUGUUAACGUUGGUUAUUCUUAAUCUUCAAUUUCCGUGAUGGUAAAUUAAAGUGCAUGUUUCUGUGAGACGGUAAAGGUGAUUCUUGGCAGAAUUGUAAAUUGCACUAGUCUACACCAUCCUAUAUAAUGCAAUGCCAAAUGGCUGAAUGGUGGCGAUAUACAGAAACAAGUGAUAAGCUGGGACAUUUUCAAAAGCUCACAUCUCUCCAUCCAUAACAUUCGGUACGUAUGUCCUCCUCCACACAAGGAACCAAUUUGCCUCUUGGACCUUUAAAAAUAGAUUUUAUGAUAUUUACAAUAUUCUUGAAAAUACCUAAAUGCCUACUCUCUGAGAAUAAUAACUGAUCUUAACGUUGCUUGGCAUGGACAAGGUUUUAACAACGCCACAUUUUUCAGGUUACAACAUCAACAAACCUGGCGACUAUUGACCAAUUAAUUUUCAUCUGGUUGGGAUAUAACAUGUAAAAUAACACAAAAAUAUUUUGGUGAACAAGUUCACAACAAUGAUAACACCAUGUGUGCAUGCAUGUUCAGAUUGACCUCACAUUGCACUGUAAAGGCAUGUUUACAUCAUUGUACACCAAAAUAUACAAUUUUAAAGAGUGGGCACAUGGAUCCUACAUGCAAAGAUUUAUGGAGCGGACCGACUGUUGGGUAGAUUAAUUUUUUUUAAUAAACAAUUAUAUUAUAAUUUUAUUGUUUUGCUUUCUAAUGUAGCAUAUUAGAUGUCUUGGUCUGUGAUCAAAUCUAGAAGUUAAGUAUUCAAAUUAUUAUAAUUUUUUUAUACUGUGUAUUUAGAUUUUUGUAAUUUAGUUAAUGUUAUUAUCCAGAGUGACUUACAGUUAAUGCUUUCAUCUUGAAAUAGGCUAGAUGGCACAACUACUGCACACAACUCAAUAAUAGUAAAUAGACCUUACACAACCAAGUAUCUAUCAGUAAAGUCCGUGCUAGAAUGAAGAAAUAAACAUCGCAGAAAGAUCACUUGACAGACAGCAAUGGGAGCGUUGGAGUUAUUUUAUAAAUUGUAUUCUUUAAAAAAAAUAAGGUUUCAAAUAAGAAGUUGAAUCAUGAAAAUCUCUCAAAAAACAUAGAUUUUUGGUCUAAGAGGAUUUGUUUCUAUAAAUACUCAAAAACAUUUGGUAGACCAGUAAAAUAAAAUUCUAAAUAAACUCAAAUUGAAAUCUAUACUUUGGGUUAUUUACUAUUCUACAUACAGGUAGUCCAAUUGAAGUGUUUGAGUUGGUAUUCAAAAAUCCCUGACUAUAACCUUUUUAACAUUAUUGUACUAAGUUAAACCGAACUGUGCUGACUUGGAUAUUGUCUUUUCACAUGGCCUGCAUCCACCCAUUGCUUAUUUUCUUUCAUGUGUUAAAAUGAUCGCAGGAGUGACUAAGUCAACAAUCCCAGCAACACCAUGAGCCUGGAUGAGGAUGCUCGGUGGCUGGAGUGGGUCACCAAGCAGUUCGAGAGCAUCGCUGGAGAUGACAAAGAGAUUAACCUGGAUGAGUUCAAAACUGCUCUCAAGGUCAAGGAGUCUUUCUUUGCGGAGCGUUUUUUUGCACUGUUUGACUCUGACGGGAGCAGAACCAUCAGUCUGGACGAGCUGCUGAAGGCUCUGGACUUGCUCAUCCAUGGCAACGAGACGGACAAGCUCCGAUUCCUCUUCCAAGUCUAUGAUGUUGAUGGCAGUGGCUCCAUUGAUCCAGAUGAGCUACGCACGGUGCUGAAGUCGUGCCUGAGCGAGAGCGCCAUUUCCCUGCCAGAAGAGAAGCUGGACGACCUGACCCUGGCCCUGUUCGAGUCGGCAGACAAGGACAACAGCGGCUCCAUCACCUUCGAGGAGCUCAAGGCAGAGCUGGAGAGCUUCCCCGAGGUCAUGGAGAACCUCACCAUCAGUGCUGCCAACUGGCUAAAGCCUCCCGGCCUGGAGGAGAAGAAAAGUCGGCAGACGCCACGCUACCUGACGCGGGCCUACUGGCACAACAACAGCCGGAAGCUCCUCUUCCUUUGUGCUUACGCCCUCCUCAACCUGCUGCUGUUCACCGUGGCCAUGCUGCGGAACGCGGAGGGGGGGUUCUGCUUCAUGGUGGCCAAGGGCUGUGGCCAAUGCCUCAACUUCAACUGCACCUUUGUUAUGGUGCUGAUGCUGCGGCGCUGUCUGACCUGGCUGCGGGCCACCUGGGUGGUGAAGGUACUGCCUCUGGACCAGAACAUCCUGCUGCAUCAGCUGGUGGGCUACGCCAUCGUUGUCUUCACCAUUAUACACACCACCGCCCACUUCAUGAACUUUGUCCAGAUGUCUCAGAGCGGCAGCUAUACCGUGUGGGAGUACCUGUUCACUACUCGCCCUGGGAUUGGCUGGGUGUGGGGCUCCGCCUCAGUCACUGGUGUGGUCCUGCAGCUGAUGAUCUGCCUCAUGGUGGUAGGCUCCAGCACAUUUGUCCGUCGGAGCGGUCAUUUUGAGGUGUUCUACUGGUCGCACCUGUCUUAUGUGUGGGUGUUGGCUCUGCUGGUGGUGCAUUGUGCCAACUUCUGGAAGUGGUUUGUGGUGCCCGGCGUUGUGUUCCUGCUGGAGAAACUAGUGGGCGUCGCCGUGGCUCACAUGGGAGGCCUCUACAUCGUGGAGGUCAACCUGCUGCCAUCUAAGGUGACCCAUCUGGUGAUCAAGCGGCCCCCGUUUUUCCACUUCAAACCAGGGGAUUAUGUCUACAUCAACAUUCCAAACAUUGCUAAAUAUGAGUGGCAUCCAUUCACCAUCAGCAGUGCUCCAGAGCAGCCCGAUACUCUGUGGUUGCACAUCCGCUCCAUGGGCCAGUGGACCAACCGUCUGUAUGAAUACUUCAGGCAGGCUGACAGUCAGGUUGUCAGUACCAAAAGACUGAGUGCCAGCCUGAGAGACAGACGCCAUCAGAGGAGUGCUCAGGUUUUCUGUCUUCUCUCUCGCCCACCGCUUUACCUUUCCUGUCAGCAAUACAAUACAGUCCUAUUUAACAAUAGGAUGCUGGGAUGUGGGAGUGGGCUAAAUGGUUGGAUCUUCUCACAGGAGGAGCUAUUUAAGUGUGUCAGCUGCAAUGGGGCAGUGGCCUCCAAUGAGGACGAAGCCGUCCAGCUGACUCUGUAUCAACAAAAAGGGCAUAGAGCAGGAUCUGUGCCAUGUACUGGAUCAGAGGGGCACAACCCAGACCAGCAGAACCAAGCCGAUAGAGAAGUCCCACCGCUCAGCGAGAUCUCAGCUAAGCUAAAUGAAAACCACCGGUUCUGCAAUGUUAAAUGCUUUGUAGACGGGCCGUAUGGGACUCCAACCAGGCAGAUCUUUGCCUCUGAACACGCUGUAUUAAUUGGUGCUGGCAUUGGCAUCACACCUUUUGCAUCUAUUCUGCAGAGCAUCAUGUAUCACUAUCGCAUGAGGAAACAGAACUGCCCCAAUUGUGACUACUCAUGGUGUGAGAACAUCAAAGACAGUCAGAUGAAGCUGAGGAAGGUGGACUUCAUCUGGAUCAACAGAGACCAGAAGUCUUUUGAGUGGUUUGUGAGCCUCCUGACUAAACUGGAGAUGGACCAGGCUGAUGAAGAGCCAGAGGGCCGAUUCUUGGAGAUGCACAUGUACAUGACCUCUGCCCUCAGCAAGAACGACAUGAAGGCCAUCGGCCUUCAGAUGGCACUAGACCUGCUGGCCAAAAAGGAGAAGAGAGAUUCCAUCACUGGCCUUCGCACUCGCACACAGCCAGGGAGACCAGAUUGGGGAAAGGUUUUCCAGAAAGUGGCAGAGGAGAAGAAAGGGAAGGUUCAUGUGUUUUACUGCGGCUCCCCUGCCCUAGCUAAACUCAUCAAGGCCCAAUGCGAGCACUUUGGCUUCCACUUCUACAAGGAGAACUUCUGAGACGGCUGUCAAACAUUUCACCUGCCUGACAACUGCACCGUCAACUAAAUCCACUCAAUUAUAUGUUCAUCUAAGUAAUACGUUUUCUAUCCCAUACAUGCUAGUUGUCCACAAGCACUGUUAUUUCUAAAUCUGCAUUAUACCUUCACCUCCAACAGUGUGUGAGAAACUGGCAUCAGUUUGCUGCUAAAAACUUCACUUUGCUUACUAUCCCUGUAAACAUACUAGGCUCAAACCUGAUAUAUUCUGACAGCAAACAAACAUGACCAUCCUUCAAAAUGUACCAACUAGUUGUGCUAUAGAAAAUAUUAAGAUUCAAUUUUACCGUUGGCAACUCUUCAGCAUAGCUCUGGAGUGACCAGACAGGAUAUUCUUGCUUUUGUUAUAGCAUGUUCUUAUUGUGUGUGUGUGUGUCUGUCUUUGUGUGUUUACAUGUCAUUCACUCCCACCUUGGACGAGAAGUUACAUUUUGCUAUAUACCUAUUGUAUCACAUUUAGAAAAUCAACAUUCAAUUGUAUAUAAUUCUGAGAUUUAUAAUGCAGCAUCAGUAUUUCACAUAUUUUAGAUGUCCAUCCUGUUUGUUAUACACUACACUACCUACUGGUAGCUAAAUUAUAUAAUUAAGAGUUCUGAACUAUGUUCUAUGAUCUAAUUGUUGAUUGUAAUAAUGUGUUUGUUCAUUUAGGUCAUAUGUGCAUUGCAAAUUGGCUUUUAACUGACACUGUUGUGCAGCAUAAAUAAACAGAUUCUCAACAGAUUUUAAGAAACAUUUUACAUACAGUUUGAGAAAGAUUUACUGUAUAUAAAUAUGGAUCUGUAGUACACAGUUGUUUGCAAUACAACCAGUGUUUUCAAGUUGUAAUGAGUUAUCGGUUGUACCGAAAGCCAAUUAACAAUAUGUUUGUGUAUAAAGCACCUUUUUGGCAUUAA